UUUAUUAACCGCAUUAUUCUUUCCGUUACAUUCCUCUGUAGUGUUCUCUCCAUCUGAAUCGGAUUUUCUCUCUCUUCCACUUUCUAUAUCAAUUCACACCUACGUCAAUGUGCUACAACAAUAGUGAUGGAUUAUCAUCUUUGAAGCCACAGCGACGCAUCCGACUAGAAAUUUGUUUUCAAUACUUAGCUUUUUUGUUGUAAAAUGUUUAACAAGUUUUUCAAGAUUCUUUAUCUACUGAUUUAUACCAUUUAUUUAAAAUUGGCUUUGUAUUACUGGAUUUGUUUUAAAGUAUGUAUAUAAUUAAUAUUCUUUUGGAACUACGGAAUAUCUCUUAUCUUGCUUCAAGUAACUGUUCGAGUUUGACUUUGCUCCUAUCAUUGUAUUUAAAGUGCGAUGAACUUCUGGUGGCAUUUAUGGUGUUUGUUAAUAUGCCUACAAGAGACACCAUGAAACUAAAUGUUUAUUAGAAAAAUCACAUUGGAAGAUUAACAAAAAUGUUUGAUUUAGAAUUUGAUUGUGAGAGUUUUAAACCAUACCCUUCAGUUGUUGAUUUGAAGAAGAGCCCAAGACUUCCCUGCAAUUGCAUACAUUUUCUUGCUAUUUAUGAAGGGGGGGUUUUGUUGUUUUUUGCAGUGUCUAUUGUUGAUUCUAUGGUUGUAACAUCUACCUCCAAUUCUGUAGAUUUUCUUGCAUCUCUUGGCUGCAGUUUUGUUGUAUCUAGUUACCACUUUAUGUAUGUGUUUGAGAAGAGAAAGAGAAGAGAUUCAUCCCAUUAUCCGACUGAGAAUCAAAUAAAAUGGCGAUUACAUCAGCAGCUGUGAGUUCACUAAACCUCAAUCAGCCCUCUCGUUUAGGAGUACAAAAAACAGCAGCUAGAGGGCUGCCUCCCCUUUCUUCCAGAAACUCUCUCAUCGUUGUGCCAGCGGCGGCAAGAAGCUCAAGGUUGACCAGCCCUUCGGAAUUGGUGGAGACAUGAAACUGAGGAAUGGGGUAGAUGCAUCGGGCAGGAAGCCUACUGGGAAGGGUGUUUACCAAUUUGUCGACAAGUAUGGUGCUAAUGUGGAUGGAUAUAGUCCAAUUUACAAAGAAGAAGAUUGGUCCCCCCACUGGUGAUGUCUAUGUUGGAGGUAAAACCGGCUUAGCAAUCUGGGUUGUUACCUUUGUUGGCAUCCAGGCAGGAGGUGCUCUCCUUGUGUACAACACCAGUGCUCUCUCACAAUAAAUCUUUCAUUGUAAAUUAUCCACUAUCUGUUUUACCUCAUGCUUGCUGCAGCAUCUGAGCUAAAUCUUCAAUCAUGUAACUGUUCUGAACAUACUUCAAUAAGUGCUAGCCAGAUUCAGAAAUGUAUCAAUAUUCAGUUCAUCCCAUUUUCUAUAUUUUGAUUUAUAAAAAAAGUUAUCACUUUAUGUU